AUGGCUUUUCGUCGCCGCCGAGGCAACUUGUCUGAUGACACUGAAAAACGCCGACAUACCCUCUUCGAACCCAGCGCAUCCGGCGAUCUUCCUCCUCCAGUUCCUUCUCAGCCCGACCACAACGAUGACGAGGGACAAGGACCCGGAGAGUCUUCCCACCCACAGCAACCUCGCGAGUUAGCUCGCGAGUCAACAACUAGCCGUCCUGAAGGUCUCCCCGAGAGUCAAACUGAAAGUCGCCCCGGAAGUCGCCCUGGAAGUCGCCCAGACACCCCUCCUAUACAAGAAGAAAACAGCAAACAUCAUCGCUUCUCCGUCUUGCGUUUCCGAAACGCGAGUGAUUCUCAACUGUCUCUACGAGCCAAGCAACAAUCCGAGAAGCCGCCGCCUGUUCCGCGACCACCCGAAAUCAUUACCACCGCUCCAACAAACGACUUCAAUGGACCGAAAAAGAAACCUUCACGCAUAGGCCUGACUGCCAGGUUCCGUCGCUCGACGGAUUUGCCCCGUGAGGACGUCAACACCAACAAUGGAACGGGACGCCAGAAGACACUUCGGAAAUCCUUCACUGAUGACAGACGACGCCCCACGCUCGCUACACUGGAGGAACCUGAAUCUCCGCGACCAUCGACAACAGCUACAACAAGUAGUCCUAAUGGUACAAUCUUAACACCUCCAAACCGCCCUUCCGAGUCAUCCAGGUCUGAUGCUAGCUCCAACGAUCGCUUGUCUCACCAGAGUUCGUCCUAUCAGAGUCCGGAGACGACACCCAAGAAAUCAGGCCCGUUCUUUCGAUUGCGACGGCAUAAGAAAGCACCAGAGCCUCUCUUUCCAUUUGCGCAUCUUCAGCAGCAAGGAAAAGCACCCCCAGGCAUCUCCUCGGCUUCGUCCCUUGGGAUUUCCACCACGCCACGUCCAGCUUCCGCUCAGAGCGGCCGAACAGCUAGCGGAAAUACUAACAGAGGAGAUUCCGAUCUAAGGUCAGGCCAAUCACCUGCGACCACUCUGGUGGCACCUGGGGGGGUCCAGUCGGGGCAUUCUUCACCCACGAGGGGAGAUCUGUUGCGAGGAAGGUCCUCUACUAUGAGUUCGAUGGGCCGUGACUCCAAUGACGAUCAUCUUCUACCGCCGACGACACGAACGUCGUCCUCUACUGGUCGUAAAAGCUUUGGUGAUUUGUUUGGCCUCAGUCGUUUGCGGCAGAAUUCGGAACUCAGUCGUCAGGGCACGAUGACUCCUACAACCCCCGGGUCCAUUGGAUCUAAAAACAACUCGCUCCAGCUUGCCAGGGACUCCUUUGUUCUCCCAGAACGCAACGAAGACGAGUCACCAGCCAAAUAUCUUGCGCGGGUCGAAGAAGUUGCCAGCCGAGGCAUCAUUGCUGCGACUCUUUCAAAAAGCGCUGACCCAUUCAUGGCUUCGGUCCUUCGGAGUUACAUGCGUAGUUUUAGCUUCUUUGGUGAUCCUAUGGAUAUGGCUAUUCGAAAACUGCUCAUGGAAGCUGAGCUACCUAAGGAAACACAGCAGAUCGACCGUUGCUUACAAGCGUUUGCCAACCGCUACCAUGAGUGUAACCCAGGCAUUUACUCAUCGCCUGAUCAGGCGUACUUCAUUGCUUUCUCCCUACUCAUUCUACAUACCGACGUCUUCAACAAGAAUAACAAGCACAAAAUGCAAAAAGCUGAUUACCUGAAGAACACAAACGGAGAGGGCAUAUUUGACGACAUUCUGGAAUGUUUUUAUGACAACAUAACUUAUACCCCUUUCAUUCACGUUGAGGAUGAUUUAGACCCUACAAGCGACCGCUAUGCUGCUUCACAUAAAUCUCGACGAAAACCUCUGAUCUCUUCUACAGUAAACGACCCCGCAAAAAGAGCUGUCAAGGAGCCUAUCGAUCCCUAUACCCUGAUCUUGGACGGAAGCCUUGAUGCUCUGAGACCAAACUUGAAGGAUGCCAUGGAGCUGGAGGAUCACUACAAUUACCUCGGCUCUGCGACUAGUCUGAACUUGAAGGACUUACAGAAAACGUUUUUUAGAACAGGUGUACUGCAGAUCGUGUCUGCCCGGUCUCGACCUGACGCUUUCAUGACGGAACAGACAGCUAGCAACCCGGCCGAAGCACAUCCCGGUAUCGUCGACAUCAAGGUCACCAAGGUUGGAUUACUUUGGCGGAAAGAUGCGAAGAAACGCAAGGCAAGGUCUCCGUGGCAGGAAUGGGGCGCCAUUCUUACUGGGGCGCAGCUCUACUUCUUCCGCAAUACAGGCUGGGUGAAGUCUUUAAUGCAUCAGUAUGAGAACCACAUCAAGGCGGGACAUGACGGAACACCGUUGAUCUUCACACCCCCGCUUCAAGAGUUCAAACCAGAUGGUCUCAUGUCAACUUAUGCUGCCGUGGCCCUCCAUGAUACGGCGUAUAAGAAGCACAAGAACGCUUUCGUCUAUGUGCGGCAGGGUGGUCUAGAAGAAGUGCUAUUGGCAGAUAAUGAAGAAGAAAUGAACGACUGGCUCGCCAAACUCAAUUAUGCUGCCGCCUUCCGGACUACGGGCGUUAAGAUGCGUGGUGUCAUCGGAGGCAACUAUGACGGACAGAGUCGUCGUGGUUUACGUCGACUGGAUAGCGCUGAUGCUGCCACCCUCAUCCAGACACCAACCGGACCAGUGUCUAUCGCGAGGAGUCGAAUAGACCAUAAAAUGGCCGAAGAUAUCUCGGCUGCUCGAAGAGACGUGAUGAAGCAGAAGAUUGCUGAAGCUGAUGAGCAUGUGCAAGAGAUUCAGAAACAGCUGGAACACCAGCUCAGGAACGCACGCCACCUGCUAAUCCUUGCGCCCAUCCAGCCAAGAACGAGGGAACAGCUUUUAUCUGCUGCUGCGCGGAUAUCUGCUCAGCUCAAGUGGACGCGCCAAGAUAUGUGGAAACACAAAUGCCACCGUGAUAUCUUGAUACAGGAUCUCGAAGAAGAACACCCAUCCUCGACCUUUACUCCUACCAAGCAACAGUCAAACCGACUUUCACAGAGAACAGGGUCGCCUACGCCACGGGGCAACGUGGGUCGUAGAGGAUCGCGGUCAACGCAUCAUUCUGGAACCGAGGCCGGCCCAAGAACACCCACCGAGCCGCAGAUCGCCCACGUCCCUAACACAGCCCAAGUCACAGAGGAUGUCGAUUCACCUCUGGAUCAGGUUUUCACAACACCUCCCCAGAGUGCGACUAAACGCCGGCAUAGUUCACGCGAUCUCUCCUUUGUUCGACCAGAAGCUGCUAGCACGAGACACGGGUCAGUAUCUAGUAUCGCCCAGUCUCCCAUAGCAUCCCUCCCUUCCACACCGCUAGCUAAACCCCCUUCGGCCCAAGAUGAAAGCAACAAGCCACCGAUGCGCAAGGAGGACGACGGAAACCAUGAUCCUGACGCCGAUGAACGAGACUUCCUGGAGCAGGCCGGCCUACUUGAGCAACGACCCAGCCGUGACCCUACAGACAAAGCCACUGUUUCCACAGGUGCUGAUGUACCUGGGGAGUCUGGGACACCUACAGACAAGGGUGACAGGAGUAAAAUUCGCCGCAGUCUCCAACGCACUCUUCGAGAGGGCGCUGGACAUCUCUCGCACCACCGCGGCAGCCGAAAGGGCAAGGAGGUCGCUGGGCCAGGGGAAGAAUCGACCCAAGAGCACCAACUUUCCAGAGGCACAGGGAGCUUCGUGGUGCAUGGCAAGAAGGCAUCAGUCAUUAACUUUGGUGAUGGCCUGCAGAACAUGACCCAUGAUGAGAAAAUCCGUGCUCGAAAGUCCUCCCAGCAGCAAGAUCCUCCACUGUCGCCAAUGCCUAGUGGACCAGAGGAUGAAGACUUCUAUUCUGCCGUUGGUGUGCCGGUGGAGUCGAGUGAGCGUAGAGAAUCCAUUGCAAGCGCAAGCACUGCAACCGCACGAAGCUUCCGCGAACUACAUAGGAAGUAUUCGACCGCCCAAGCAGCUAGAAGCACAUCAGCUGGCGGUAGGUUAACAAUACCGUCGGACACGGAGAGCGAAGUUGCAGUCAGCUUCUCAGAUGGGCGCCGCAGUCCCCUGCCUCCAAUGGAGACAGAGACGGACGAGGAGUCAGACGGUACUGGUGUAAGGAGAGGCCGAAGCACCAAGAAGGACGAUCUCGAAAGUCAAGACUCGGAUUCUGAGUCGCUUCAGGAUAUAGAGCAGCUUCCGAGCCGGCCCGUGCAGCCCGUUAACGCCUGA